AUUUUCACUUUUUCCCCCGCUUUUCAUAAUUUGUUCCAUGCAACUGCACGACAAAAAAUCUCUAGAUUUUAUUUUAUUUAUUUAUUAUUCCUCCGACGAAUUUAACGUCACAUAAUCAAAUUCCGAUCAACCUUAUGACUCAACUAACUAUAACCAAGACGGUAAACUCUCGCCGGAGAAGAUUAAAAAUCAGGAGACUUAAGUACACGUGUUCUCAGACCAAAGCGACCAGUAACGAAAACGAAGUCGUUUUAGCAGGUUUCGGAGGUGAAUCGGAAGAGAAGGUUAGGUUUACUACGCGAAUAUCGUAUGGAUCGGUGUCGGUGAUCGGUAGACGGAGAGAAAUGGAAGAUGCAGUGAGAGUUGAAUUAGGGUUUACUAAAGGAAAAAGAGGAGAGAAUUUUGAUUUUUUCGGUGUUUAUGACGGACACGGCGGCGCUCGUGUGGCGGAGGCUUGUAAGGAGCGGUUGCAUAGAGUGUUGGCGGAGGAGAUGAUUAAUAAUGAGAGAAAUGGAAAUACAAUGACUGAGUGGGAGAAGGUGAUGGAGGAGUGUUUUGAGAGAAUGGAUGAGGAGGUUAAGAGAGAGAGGAUGAUAGGUUCCACGGCGGUUGUAGCGGUGGUCGGUGAAAAUGAGAUGGUGGUUGCUAAUUGUGGUGAUUCUAGGGCUGUUCUUUGUAGAGGUGGUGUUGCUGUACCAUUGUCUAUUGAUCAUAAGCCUGACAGGGAAGAUGAAUUGGAGAGAGUUGAAGCUGCCGGUGGACGGAUUAUUAACUGGAAUGGUCAUCGGAUACUUGGAGUUCUUGCCACUUCAAGAUCUAUAGGUGAUGAGUAUAUGAAACCCUUCGUAAUAUCGAAACCGGAGGUUACCGUGCAAAAACGAACCGAAAACGAUGAAUUUAUGAUAUUAGCAAGCGAUGGAUUAUGGGAUGUGGUAUCGAAUGAAGUUGCAUGCCAAAUCGCUAGAAAAUGUCUAAACGGUCGAAUGAGAAGAAAAUCUCAACAAGUAAUAGAGAUAGAUGGUCGUGCAGCUGAGGCAGCAGCCAUACUAGUCGAACUCGCCAUUGCUCGUGGCAGCAAAGAUAACAUCAGUGUUAUUGUGGUUGAUCUCCAGAGUCAUUCUUCAUAGUAAAUUCUUAAAACUUACUGUUUUUUUUUCUUUGAUUUUUUGGGAGUAGUAAUUACUCUUUGCAAUGUUGAAAUGUAAAAAACUUUCAACUCUUUCUCUCCCAGGAUAUCUUUUUUUUUUGUCACUUAAUGUAAAUUUUUGUCUCUUUUUAUGUAUUUUUUUACUACAUCUUUAUCUUCUGAAUGAAAUCUUUUAUUUUCUCUAA